AUGCAUCUUUUGGGUACUUUCACAUUGGUCAUUUGCGCUGUUUUCUUGGCUCAAGCAUGCAAUUCACGGAUGGAAAGACGUAUGGGGCCACCAGGACGAGAUGGACGUGAUGGAAGUCGAGGAGAGCCGGGAUUGAAAGGCCCAAGAGGUCCGAAAGGAUUCCCUGGAAGACCAGGACCGCCAGGGCGACAAGGUAGUCAAGGCUAUAAGGGAGAGCCGGGGCCGCAAGGACCGAAAGGUUUAAUAGGAACGCAGGGAGAGGAGGGAGAUAUGGGAGCAGCAGCAGGAGGGUAA